CAUUUUGAAGGCUGUGACAUGGUGAAAGGAUUGUUUUGAUGUGUUGGCAGGUUGCAUCGACUGCGAAUACAGGUGAAAAAUGAUUUAAAGAAAUCUAGGACUCUGGUACUUACCUCUUUCGACUAUAGUUCAGGCUACAACAUGCAAGCAAUAAUGGCUACUGAAGAAGUUGAAUCCUUAGACCCAACCAUGCUCAUCCCAACUUAUAACAGCAAAUGUGUGGCAAUUCGGAACUUGGAUGUUUCUGGCAAUGUCACAACGGUGCGUCCAUGUGCUCCUGCACUCUCAUUGGUUGAACUGGGGAAGAAACUGCUACUGAGUGCCAAGGAAGGUGACACAGAUCAAGUGCGACUUCUCAUGAGCAAAGGUGCACCUUUCACUACUGACUGGCUGGGAACCAGCCCACUCCAUCUUGCAGCUCAGUAUGGUCACGUCAGUACUGCUGAAGUACUCCUGCGGGCUGGGAUAUCACGUGAUGCUAGAACAAAAGUUGAACGAACACCACUCCACAUUGCAGCUCAGGAAGGAAACACCGCCAUUGUACGUUUGUUGCUAUCCCAUGGAGCAGAAGUGGACUCAAAAGACAUGCUGCGUAUGACUCCACUACACUGGGCGGUGGAGCGUGAGCAUGUGGACACAGUGGAGGUGCUUUUACAGAAUUAUGCUAACCCCCAUGAUGUUAACAAGUUUGACAAAACUGCAUUCCACAUUGCACUUGACAACAAUCGUCACGACAUUGUGCAACUGCUUCAGUCUGCUGCAGAACGAUUGAAACCUUUACAAUCACUCUCAGCUUCAGCUAGCCAGCAGGCUAUGGAGGACGCGACGCUAGCUGCCACUCAGAGUCUCGCAAUUGAAUUAGCACAGGUGCCCACCCCUGCCCAUCAGGAAGAGGUCCAAACUUCUACCACAACCUCUUCCACUGCAGAAAUAGUAUCAUCACGGUCAAGCCCGGUGGAGAGGCGAGAGGUACUGGCACAGUUCCCGAAGAAGGCUAGGACAUCAGUUAAUACAGAAGGCUCUUCACACCAAAAGAGACAUCAAGGUAGUGCUACACUGAAACUUCUACAAGCGCAUGGUAUUACGAUGUUACCUGCAGACGAGACCACACUUGUAGCCUCAGCUGUGGAGAGUGGUCAGACUGUGGUGCUGACAGAAGCAGGAAAGUUGGCCUUAAAUCUCACACAAGAGAACACAAGCAACACAGGUUAUUCUAAGACCACAACUGGUAACACAGCAGCUAUUGUAUCCCGCAAAGCCACGCCCAUAACACUCCCAGCUACAGCAAAGAAGAAAGUUAUUACUAUACGUGCAGGACAGAUCAUUGGCAAGAGUGGACCCAACAUUCUGAAACGGGUUGAUCCUGAUAGUCUCAGUGGUCCUCCUGCUAAAUUACUGGUGACUAGAGCAGGCGUACCCGUCUCCACUGCUUCAAAAAAUACAAUGAAUGCUAUGACAUUGUCAGUAUCUAAUGUAAACGAGUUGGCAACCAUCACACGGCAACUGCAGGAAGCACGGAGAGAGGCAGAAGAAUACAAAAAGCUGUAUAGUCGUAAGGAACGUGAAGCCGAGGAGUACAAACAGCAGUUGCAGAACAUGACACAAGCAAAAUAGCGGCAGGCGUAGAACUAGAGGAGAACUGUGCACGUGUAUGGACCACUUCAAGUUGGUGUGCUGUUUACAUCAAGUACCGACAUCACUACAGAAUGCAUUCACCACAUACUUCCUCUAGUUCUACCAAUAUGUUACACAUGGUGUAGUUUUACAAAUAAAGUUAUGAUUGCCGUGUGGCUGGCAGAAAUUGAACGAUCCUUCAGUUUCAGUGAUAUGAAUUGUGGACUUAUCAUUCCAUAACAUGUGAAAGACAUUUUGUUGAAAUAUCGUGUUUCUUGUUAUAAGUUGUACAGCGUUCCCAGUCAUAACAAUUCAGAAGACAACCCUCACACCUCUUCACUUUUUAAAUGCUGUGAAUCGAUUUAAGUGAACCUCACCAUUUGGUGAGUUUGAUUAUACACUUCAGUAAAGAGAAGUAAACUGAUGAAGUUUAAAUAUAUUUUUGUCUUUUUUGGAAUAUUUGACACACAAAUGUUUUCUCUACACAUCAUUUUCAAAAUCAUGUGCAUUGCAUCAAGUAUCUAAGUUACAUUUAUUUUAGAAAUUAUUCUUGGAUGUAGAAUGAUUUAUUGGUUUUGGAAAGUAACAGAGCAAUAUAUACCAAAGUGAUGCCAUAAUAUCUGAUGA